AUGGAGAGCGGCGCCCAUUAUUACAAUAGUAGAGAUCCUAUGAGCAAAGCCGAGGCCUUGACUUUCGCCAAACAAUUUGCCAAAAGCAUGAACUGUACGGACGGACAGAAAUGGUUGGACUGUUUGCGUGGUAUCGACGCCCAGGCGUUGAUCAAAGGGUACGACACAGACGUUCAGGUAUACCCACUAUUGGACACUGAAUUGUUACCACUGCCCGCUCAGAAAGCAUUCAAACUAGAUUCAUUUAACAAAGAUUAUCAAGAGUUUGUGGCAUUGGUUGACACGAUUUACCAUAAUUUUGAUAUAAAACGUGUCGAAGAGUUUUAUUUGAAACAAUAUAUUGUUAAACAAUCUAAACAAAAACAAAUAAACAAUUCCGAUGCUAUUCUAUGGGCUGAAUAUGACAUGUUUGGGGACGUAUGCAUCACAUGUCCGACCUAUAGGUUCGCCAAAGCGUACGCCCAGUUGGGAGGCGCGGGUGGUGUGUAUUUCUAUGAGCAGACAUAUCAACGCAAAUCAUUUUUAGAUGAAAAACUCUAUGGAGUGACACAUCAGGCGGACGUUGACUAUCCGACCGAACCCUAAAUGGCCUAAAUUUAUCGAUAAUAAAAAUUUGAUGCCAAAAAUAAUUGAAUUAAAUCCAAACAAAUUAU